AUGGAAUUUCAGCGUAAGGGAUUACGGCUUUUGAAUACAUUUGAACAUAUAGAACCAAAGAAAACACAGCUCUCAGUUGAGAAAAAGCCUGGAAUAAUAACUGUCAAACAUUUUGUAAAGAAGCCAAUUGCCAACAAACCCGUUGUCAACAAAGUUGCUCCGUUUAUUAUUUUCCAAGACCCUGUUGAAAUUCACUGUCAGCAUUGUGGUGCUUUGCGCUCUAAGAGCCAGAAGGAUCAUCCUAAUCCUCCAAAAGAGUAUAAGGAAACUGCUUCCCAAGUAGAAGACAUAGACCUUAAUGCUUGGUUGUGUUCAGAGCAUCCACCUGAAAAGUAUUGGGAAACCAUCGCGGAACAAAGGCGAGUGGCUUUAAAGGAAACUUUAGAUGAAAAUAUGGAGCUGUGUGCACUCGUUGAAAAACUGAACCUUGAAAUCGAAAGACUAAGUACCAUCGCUUCACAUGCUGAUCACUUUGCUUCAGUGUACAACCAGAUGUUUAAAGAGCAAGAAGCACACAGUAAUCUCUCCACAGAGCCUCAGGAUCCCAGCUGUGAACCUAACCCAGCACAAUUGACGUGA